GGGAAUCCUUCAUUCCGUCGAUGUCCUUCCACAGCGAUAGUCAGCCUCGAAUCGUCGUCCGUUGAGAACGUGAGUUUUUGUGUAACUGUGAUAGUUAGACCCAGUGCCAAGUGCCCAGGAUGUUAUUCCUAGCGCCGCGCAAACAUCUGUUUGCCACCAACCUAAUCAUCCUUGUGGUGAUCUACGUGAUGCGAAAGUGCCUGCAGCUCUUCUGCAUCAUCGAGAACCGCGCAGUUCAGGAGGAGGAGGUCAAGAUGCCGGAAAGGGAGAUCCUCCAGAAGCGCCGCGGCGGCUUCACCAUCAUCCCAGCUGCCAUGCACCAGAGCAUGCACGGCUUUGGCUACGGCGAGGGUCACUACCAGAUCUUUGUGGAGAAGAAGGAGCGCAACCUGCCCACCAAAUCGCGCCUCAACGCGGCCACUGCUGAAGUCAAGCUGAAUCCCAAUUAGUUGGUGCUUCGGGACCAAAGAAACCACUGACAUCUCAGCAUGUCAAUGACAAUGUGCCAAUUGAGCCAGCAAAAAAAUCAAACCCAUCCCCAAAUAUCCCUCUACAUCCAAGUCUUCUUCAAUAGUCUAAAUAAUAUCUACAUGCAUGCAACAAACACUUAUUUUGUACAAUCAUCAAAGCGCAUUAUUGGCCAUAAUAAAAAAUUUAAAAAAAAUUGUUCUUGAUAGUUUCGUUAUAUUUA